UUUUUGCACUUUGGUGUUUCCACCCGAUCGGUGUCAGAGGAAGCAACCGAUCCCAACAUGUCGAGGCACCUUCGCUUUGUGGCGCGGACAGUGAUGGUUGAAAACGGCGACGUUGAAGCGGCGUACAGGAUCCUGCAGAGGUUACUGACUAAAGAGGAGAUUAUCAGUACAGUGUUGCACAAGCGAUACUACGAGAAGCCCUGCCGAGAGCGACAGCGGUUGAACUUUGAGAGAUGCAAGCGGAUCUACCACAUGGAAAUGUCCAGAAAAAUCGGCUUCAUCUCCAAGACAAACCGAGUGGAUCCUUGGCUCGGCAGCUAGUCGAAUGGAGCGGGAUGAAACCGGGCGUUAGCAGUGGGCUGCUCUAGACGGGGCCAACAAAGUAGAAGAAGCAAUCAACAUCAACACAAUGACACUGUCCUAUCUAAAUGGACUUGGGAAAUACUGAGAAAAGUGGCUUUCAUGAUGAUAUCACAUUGUUUAACAAUAAAAGGAAUAAUUGUUAUUGUCAAGUCAACUAUGGACAUUUUUAUCUUUUUACUUUCCUACAAAAAUUUGGCUUGAAGGGAAAAAUCUUUUGUGCUCAUUCUUGGUUGUAAUGAUUAUGUUAAUGACUUGGUUGAUGACAUUUUGUGUUUUGAAUCUUCCCACACAAUCUUAUGAAUUAAAAAGCUGAUAAAUAUGA